ACCAAAUUGAUUAAAUUAAUGAGAAAAUGGCAAUCCUGGGCAUUUUAUUAUUUAUUAUUUAUUAUUAUAUGAAGUAGGAAAUUGACCGACACCAAAGUUUUGACUUAUAUCUAUAUAAGCUCCGGCGACUCCAGAAUUCUAGCACCAAUACAGUGUUCAAGCCCUGUGGCCCCGAUCACCGUUGGAACUGCGUUAUCGGACUGUACCAUCGCCUUCAUCACCUAUAAUCGGUUUCUCCCCUGUCGUUCGUUAUCUUACUCAGUCUCUCUCAAACCGUCUUCGCAGCCUUAAGCCCUUAUUAAUUUUGGUUUUUAAUUUAGUUUGGUUGCUCAGAAAGGCUAGGAAAUGUAAUGGAAUCUAAUGAAUAAAUGAGUCAUCUUUGACAAUAUACGUUGUAUACAUAUCAUGUCAGUGAUGCAUGUCGCAACUUAAGUGGAUGAUGUUUGUAUUUCAGUUUUUUUCACACACAAAAGAAUUGAAACUGCAAAGCUUCUUCCACUGAAAGAAGAUUUAGUAACAACUUUUACGGAGAGAUAGAACACAAAAAUAAUUCAAGAUACGGCAUAUUGUUUGGUCAACAACAGACGCUGCUUUUUGGAAAAUUUAAUCAGUGCGUGGAAAUCGUGUGAAUGUUUUUCUAUUAUAAGAACCCUAGGUAGAACAGAGAUGGAGAUGAGAAUGGUGGAUGAGGAGCAACAACCUCACGUGGUUAUUCUUCCCCACUUAACACAAGGCCAUAUUAAGCCCUUAUUAUGCUUAGCUCAGCUUCUCAGCCAAUCUGGUCUUUAUAUAACCUUUGUUAAUGCUCACCAUAACCACAAGCGCUUCGCAAAUCUUCAAGCUCUCUCCACCCACUUCCCAAAUCUCCACUUUGACUCCAUCUCCGAUGGCCUACCAGACGAUCACCCGCGUUCUCGCUUAGAUUUUGACUAUAUCUCUGGGAUAAGUGAGGCAACUAAACCCCAUUUCAAAGAGCUACUUCUCUCCUAUCGGAGGAACUACGUCGACCAUUCUGUUUUCCGCCCUCCUCCUCCGGUUACCUGUAUCAUAGCAGAUGGAGUUGUGUCUUUUCCAAUUGAUGUAGCAGAGGAGUUGGGGAUUCCUAUAUUCUCAUUCUGUGCUUAUACUGCUCGUUACUUAUUGGAGUAUUUCACCAUCGCAAAGAUCAUUCAAAAAGAUAACGACAAGAAAGAUGAAUUAAUUAAUGCCAUGCCUGGAGUUGACCUGGGGCACGAGGAUUUACCAGGUUUUGACAUGGAAAAUCUAGACCAUCCUCGGGUUCAGCUUCGGGUCCGUGAAACUCUUGCCAUGAAAAGAGCUUCAGGUCUGAUACUCAAUACCAUUGAUGAGUUUGAAGCUUCAUGUCUACCCCACACAAAAAGCCAUUUCCCCAAAGUUUAUACGGUGGCACCUCUUCAUGCUCUCUUAAAUUCUCGACUAGGAGAUCGAUCCCAGGUCAUGGCAUCCGACGGUUCUCUUUGGAAUGCUGAUAAAAAUUGUAUGACGUGGCUAGAUUCACAGCCGUUGAGAUCGGUUCUCUAUGUAAGCUUUGGGAGCGUGGUGAAAAUCUCUCAUUCCCAUCUGGUUGAAUUUUUACAUGCACUGGUUGAAAGUGGGCACCCAUUCUUGUGGGUCAUACGUCCAGAUGUUUUGUUGGAUAAGGACAUGGACAGUGUGAUCCGUAAAGAGUUUCAAGUGGGACCUACAAGAAAAGGAUACAUUGUGGAUUGGGCUCCACAGGAACAGGUCUUGGCCCACAAUGCUGUAGGUGGGUUUUUGACCCACUCUGGUUGGAACUCAAUUAUGGAGAGCAUUGUGGCUAGAGUUCCUGUGAUUUGUUGGCCUCAAUUCGGAGACCAAUUUGUUAAUAAGGAAUAUAUUGUCAAAUUGUGGAAAAUUGGAGUUGAAUUGGAUGCACAUGCACGAGAUGGGUCAACUAUAGAAGCAACAAUAAAAACAUUUAUGGGAUAUCAAAGGGAUGAGUUCAGAAUGUCGGUGGAUAAAAUUGCAGAAUUGGCUCAGGAUAGUAUUAGUCAAGGCGGAUCUUCUUACUACAACUUAGAAAUGUUGGUCAAAGAUAUCAAGAAAAUGAAAAUGUACAAUUUGUAGAGUUUGAUGUUGAACAUGAUUUUCUAGGAGCUAUCUCCUAAUUUACAGGGAGGUACGAUGGUAUACUAAGUGUUUGAGAUUGCCUUAUCGUCAACCAUUUUGUUCUCAAA